AUGGAUUCAGGUAAAAUGACUAAUCUUGUCAUUAUGAAUUCAAUCGAAAUUUUUCAAUUCUUACUAUUUGCCUUUACUGCGAUGACAGCACCUUUAAUUGUAAUAGCUGCUACUAUAUACAUCAUAUACGAAUUGGGAUAUAUAGGUCUUAUCGCUCCAUCCAUGCUUGUUCUAGCUUCUAUUUUAGUUAAUCACAUUACUUCUAAAUAAGCUGGUUUUAGAAUGAAGGUUUUUUCUAUAAUAGAUUAGAGGAGUAAGAAAAUUACUGAAUUUUUUUAAGGAAUUAAGAUAAUCAAAUAUUAUGCUUGGGAGAAUUGGGUUGUGAAGCAAUUAUAAAGCAUAAGAAUUUAGGAAAUUAAAAUUCUGUUUGGAUUCCUUUUCAACAUAGGAUAGGUUGAUUGUAUCAGCUAAGUGUCUCCUAGUAUUAUAGCUGUUUUAGUCUUUGUAGUUUACAUUAUUUUGGAUAAUUAGCUAAAUACUGCUAAAGCAUUUACAGCUCUUUCACUAAUUAACUUGCUUUAAGCACCGAUAAUUCAAUUAGCUUCUGGAUGGGGGAAAUUUAUACAAGCUAGAGUUUCUUAUAAUCGUAUCAUCCAUUUCUACGAAUGUGAAGAGUAGGCUUUAGAUUAUUAUGAUUAAGAUCUGACGAGAGACUGUGAAUUAGGAGAAAUUAAAAUAGUUGAAGGGUGUUUUAGUUGGGAAAGUCAAAAUAAUGAACUCCAUAAUUUGAAAAACCCAGACAAUUUUAUUAUCUAGAAAACUAAAAUCAAAAAAUUAAAGCAAGAAAUUUAACAAAAGAAAAAGUUAAAAGAAAAUGUGAGCUAAUUGGAAGAAACACUAAAAAGUUUUAAAUCAGAUAAAAUUAAUGAAAUUCCAAAGACUUCCCCUUAUUUGAAUUCAAUAAAUCUCAACUACAAACCUAAAACUUUCAAUGGAAUUUAUGGCAUAUUUUCUAGUGGUAAAACAACACUUGCUCAUGCUCUUAUCAAUGAAAUAAAUAAAACUUCUGGUAAGAUUGCUGUAAAAGGUUCUGUUGCUUACAUACCAUAAACACCUUGGUUAAGAUCUUGCAGCCUGAGAGAAAAUAUCUUAUUUGGCGAAGAAUAUAAUCAAAAAAGAUAUUAAAAAAUAUUACACAAAUGCUAAUUGUUGGAUGACAUCAAGCAAUUACCAGGAGGUGACUUGACUGAGAUUGGUGAAAGAGGUGUUAAUCUCAGCGGAGGUUAAAAAUAAAGAGUUAGCAUAGCAAGGGCUGUUUAUUCAAAUAGAGAUAUCUAUAUUGUAGAUGAUUGCCUUAGUGCCCUUGAUAGUCACGUGGGUAGACUCAUUUUCAAGAAAGUAUUCAGAAAGUUUUUAAAGCAAAAGACUAUCAUCUUUAUCACUCAUCACACUCAUUAUAUGAAAUAUUUUGACUCUAUCACAAUUCUCAAAGAAGGAAAAGUAGAGGAUUUUGGCUCUUUUUAAGAAUUAACUGCUAAAAAUUCAAAAGCUUUGACUAGUUUGCUAACAAACGAAAAAAAUAAAACCUAAGAAAUAAGCGAGGUAGAUAACUUAAAAUAAUUAAAUGAAAUUAAAGAUGAAAUAAAUGAAAAUAAAACUAAAAAAAAUCUAAUUAAAGAUGAAAAAAAUGAAAUUAUAAAUGAAAAUUUUCAUUUGGAAAAAUCAAAUAAUGAAAAAUACUGCUCAUCCUCAUAGAAUUCUGAAGAAUCAUCUUUCUAAAAUUCAUUUGAAGAAGCUAAAGAUAAAGAAAAACAGGAGAAAGGAAUUCUAAUUUAAAAUGAAGAAAAGGCCUUAGGUUCAGUCCCCUUCUAUGUUUACAAAGAAUAUUUUAUGAUGGGAGGCUUUGGAUAUAUUUCUAUUGCUUUGCUCAUUUUUGCAAUAUCAUAAACAGGAUUGAUGCUUUCAGAUUGGUGGCUUGGCCAGUGGAGUUUAAAUGCUUACAAGUAGCUUGAUGGUACUUAGUAUGCAGGAAUAUACGCAGGAGUAAGUAUAUCAAGCGGCUUUCUCUACAUUUUCAGAUAUUUAGCUUUUUUAGUUUUUUCUGUUAGGAUAUCUAAAAGUAUUUUUAGAAAACUUUUGGUAAGACUGCUUAAAAGCCCAAUGGAGUUUUUUGAUAAAACUCCACUAGGAAGAAUUGUUACUCGUUUCUCUAAGGAUAUUGACGCAAUAGAUUACUUACUUUAAUUAGUUUUACAGUAACUAAUUAGUGGCCUAAUGAAUCUUAUUGGCAGCUUUGUAAUGAUUUCGUUAAUAACACCAAUAUUUAUAGCAGUGGCUGUAUUUAUUAUUAUUUGCUAUUAUUACAUUCUGAGAAGAUACAUCAGAUGUACUCGUGAAAUCAAAAGAAUAGUUGAUAUUGUAAGAUCACCUAUGAUAGGAGCUUAUACAGAGUUAAAUUAAGGUUUAAUUUAGAUUAGAAGCUUUAAUAAAGAAAAAUAUUUCUUCAAGAUGUUUAGUAAGUGCAUUGAUAUGCACACAAGAGCAACUUUUAAUCAAUUUUUCUGCAGUCAUUGGUUAAAUUUAAUAACGGACUUAUUUUCAUCAAUAAUAAUUGGUGCUUCUGCGUAUUUGGGUCUAGCUUAAAAAUCAAUAUAUGGUUAUGACAUUUACCUUGCUGCUCAUAUAGGUUUAAGUUUAACGUGGGCUUUAAAAAUUAGCACUACAACUCCUAUCACUAUCAAAUUGUUAGGUGAUACUGAGUUGUAAAUGAACUCUUUCCAUAGAGUAUUAAACUAUAUCAACGAGACACCUUAAGAAAGAGACUUUGAUACUCUAUAUGAUCCUAAUUAGUCUAAGACUGUACAAAAAUGGCCUUAGUAAGGAGACCUAGAUAUAUAAAAUGUUUCAUAUAGAUAUAGAAAAGACACACCAAUUAUUUUAAAUAAUAUUACACUUUCUAUAAAAGCUAAUGAGAAGAUUGGAGUGAUUGGAAGAACUGGUAGUGGAAAAUCCACUUUAACUUUAGGCUUGCUCCGCAUACUUGAAUUGGAGAAUGGAAGGAUAUUGCUGAAUGGGUAAAAUAUCGCAAAACUAGAAUUAAGCGAGCUGAGAAGUAAUGUAUCAAUGAUACCUUAAGAUCCUAUUUUGUUUUAGGGUACAAUUAAAUCUAAUGUUGAUCCUUUUGAAGUUUAUUCUAAUGCUGAAAUUGUUCAAGCACUAAAAAAAGUUUAGCUGUGGGAAACUUUGUUGAAUAAAGCUAACUAAAUUAACAACAAAAUAGAUUUACCAAUAAAAAAUCUAUAAGAAAAUAAAACCAUUGAAGUUUAAAAGUUUAAUGUGGUUGAUCAGUAUAAUGAAGAAGAUAUUCAAAUUGUGCUAGAGUUGAAAGUUGACAUUCAAGGAGCAAAUUUUUCUUAAGGAGAAAAAUAACUGAUAGCUCUUACUCGUGUUAUUUUGAGAAAAUGUAAACUACUAUUAAUGGAUGAAGCUACAGCUAGCAUUGAUGAAAAAACAGAUUGGAUUAUACAAAAUAUGAUUAAAAGUGAAUUUUAAGAUACAACUGUUAUCACUAUUGCGCAUCGUCUUAAAACAAUCAUUUAGUAUGAUAAAAUUCUAGUAUUAAAUGAAGGAAAAAUAAAAGAGUUUGAUACUCCAAAGCAAAUGCUUAUCAAUCCAAAUAGCUAUUUAACUUAACUCAUAAAAGAAAAUGGCAAAGACCACGAAAUAGAAAUGAGAAAACUUGCAUUUAGUUGCUGA